UGGCUCAAGCGAGAUUCAACUGGGUGAAUCGACCACACACUUUGGGAGGAUUAUAGAGACGUGAAGAUGUCGCCGGCCGCUGCAAACCCCGCGUACUACUUCGGCGCCUCGGGCGUGUCCGCCCUGGCCUUCUUCCCAUUGUGGAAGGCAGCAGCCAUUGGCCAGUCGGGCUACAAGGUGGAAGGAAAAGGAUAUUGGCAGAAGUACCUGGAAGCCAUGAAGCCUCCUUGGAGAGGUUCUUUGGUCGUCAUUGGUGGCAUGACCUGGGCGCGCGCGGCCAUCUUCUACGGCUCCGACACAGGCUCCAAGUGGCUGCGCAAGGAGGGCUUCUCCACUGCUUUGGCCUCCACCCUGCCGUCCUUGACCGUCUCGUGCUUCGCUCAGGCUGUGAACCAGCCCUUCGUGCGCUCUUCCAUCAUGCUGCAGAAGCCCGGUGAGGAGUUGGCCAAGGCCACUUUCCCCAACAUCGCCAUGCUGAGGCAUUUGGCCACCACCAAGGGCUUCCAGAGCUGGUUCACGGGCCUGGAUGCCGCGAUCUUGAAGACCGCGCCCAAGUACAUGACGGCCGUGAUUAUCAAGGACUACAUGGGGUUGUGGCUGGCACCUGUGGAUCCCAAGGACAAGCAGGCCACUUUGUUGAAGUCGGCCAAGAUUUCGGUGACCGCAGGUGUGGCUGGUGCUGUGUUGACCAAUCCUCUGGAUGUGGUGCGCAAUGAGAUGUUCAAGACGGAGGAGGGCAUGGUUGCAUGCAUGAUGCGAAUGAGCAAGGAGUCCGGACCCUCUUGGCUGUUGCGGGGCAUCGGCAAAAACUGGGUAGCGGUGGCAGCGCCCAUCGCCAGCACCAUCUUCCUCACCGACAGGUUCAAGGUCUGGUUUGGUGAGUCCUAGGCGCCCGUCGCGGUGCAAAUACCGACGGUGUGUCCGUAGUUCUCCUGGUCUUUUCCGGUGUCGUAAGCUGUGAGAGUUUUGCCAAGUCAAUGUUUUUUUUAGGUCCGUUUUUUGUUCCCAGCUUUGGGAGCUUUAGUCUCUCGCAUGAAGACACCAAUUCAGUGUGCUGCCCAAUGUAGCACCAAAUCCGAGCAAAGUGUGGUACCAUGAAAAUGGUCCACAGAAUCAUGGAUGACGUGUCCGUGUGACGCCAAACGUCCGGAGGAACAGGACCAUCUCCAAGGCAG